AGAACCUUUGGUAAGGGUUCUUCAUAUGGUGGAUGGAGAGGGCAUGCCAAUGGGUUUCAAUUAUGAGGCCAUGGAUAGGGCCAAAGAGGCCAUUUCACAUUACUAUCAUGGAAAUACAAGAAAAUUAUGUGAAAUCCUUUGGCGCAUCAUUGAUCGUAGGUGGACAAACCAACUCCACCAACCGAUACAUGCCUUCGCCUACUUUUUGAACCCGAAAUUCUACUUCUUUGAUUCAUUUAGGGCUGAUGAGGAGGUCAUGGCAGGUGUUAUUGCAUGCAUUGAUAUCAUGGCACCUGAUCUUGAGUUGAGAGACAAGGUUCUUGAUGAGUUGGAGAUUUAUGGUGGGAAAAUUAUGGUGUUGGCACGCCUAAUCUUCAAAAGAUAGCCGUCCGUGUUUUGUCUCAACCAUGCAGUGCUUCUGGGCAUGAAUGAAAUUGGAGUGUAUUUGAGAGCAUUCACACAAAGAAGAGAAAUAGGUUGACACAAAAACGGCUCAAUGAUCUAGUCUUUGUUCGGUACAACCUUCGCCUUCGAGUUAGAUAGGUGGAGGGUGUUUCACAUGAGGUCAUUGACUUGGAUGAAAUUGAACCAUAUGGUGAUUGGACUGUGAAUGAACAAAAUGAUGGUGACGAUGUCCUCCUUAUUGAAGAAGAAAUUGCAGAAAUAGAGAGAGGAGCAACACAAGAUGUAGAAGGAGCAAGAUUGGAUGAAAUGGAGGAUGAAGAUGAGGACGAAGAUGAGGACUUUGACUUUGAAGAAGAAUCAUCUCACCAUUUAGAUACCACAACACCCACUGCUACUACUUCUAGCUCAAGGCCUGAAAAAUUGAGCUAUAUUAGGAGAGAUACAAAGAGAAAGAUGUAGUCUUCUUUUUGGUUUGUUCAUUGUUGUUUUUCACAUUUGGAGUUGGACAUAUCAUUAUAUGUAAUUUUGUGAACAUUUAUAAACUUAU